UUGAAAUGGCAAGUCGAGUUGCCAGUGUCGUUCGUCAAGUGAAACCAAUUUUAUCUUUAAAUCGAGACGAUGCACGUAGAAAAGUUCUUAAGUUGUACAAAGCAUGGAUCCGUCAAGUACCAAUCUCAAAGUUAGUUUAUGAUAUUCCCAAAAAUGAAGCGGCUUGUAAACAAAAGAUACGUGAGGAGUUUAAGCGCCAUGCUCAUCUUACUGAUUUACGGAUUAUAGACAAAGUUAUUAUAAGG